AUGGGCCUCUUUGACAAUGUGACUGUUUAUGAAGUGCCCGUGGCCCUGAAGCUAGGGAGGCUGCAGCCUCGACGGGGACAGAUGGCAAGACGCUGCCGACAUCACCAACUCGGAGAAACACUUAAAAGACUCGGGUCUCCCGUCAACAGGAUAGCUGGGCUCGUACUGCGAGCCACCCACAUAUCAUUUGCCUUUCGAGGUCAUCUUUCCUAG